AUGUCAUUUUGGACGAAAUGGGUGUCGCCCAACCGGACCGUGAUCUCAUCAUUUGCACCUUUUGUCAUUUGCUGGAAGACGGUAAGCUCACCAAUCAGCGACAAGACAUACUCCAGCAGCUUUGUGCAAACAAAGCGCCACCACAACCACAAAAGUGAUGCAAUACGCCGUCUCGUCCAGCUACAGCGAAACUGCCACUCCAAGAACUUUCGGCUCUUAUCAAUGGCAGCCCUUGGCUAUGAUAAAUACUUGACGGUGCUUCUUGGCAGUUCCGACUCAGACUUUUCGAGACAGACGACGGUUGCACUUCGUCUACUCAGCCUUCUGACCACGUAUGGAGUCGAGAGUGACGUGGUAUCAGCACUUGAAGAAGCGUUCUCGAAGGGGCCAGUGCAACCCUGGUCUCGAGUCGUGCCUCAGUUGAUUGCUCGGGCAUAUCAUCCGGCUGCGGCCGUAUCGUCUUUGGUUUGUUUAGUCCUCAAACGGUUGGCACAACAUGCACCCCACAUCGUAGUGUACCCGACUGUCAUGGACACCAUGGAUUCGUCACUGGCAUUUGAAAAGGAGCGAGAUGUAGCGAACAGCUCGUUUGCUGCCGUUCGAAGUGCACUGCAGAAUGUGGCACGUAGACAAGUUGAAGGAGUGCGAUUGUUGGUGUCCGAGCUUCGUCGAAUAUCUGUCUUGUGGGAUGAAGCAUGGAUCAGCACAUUGAUGAAACUGGCGGUAGACGUAUCUCGACAAACGUGUACAUUGGAGAAAGAGGCCUCUCGAUUGGAUAAGACUAGCUCACUGCCAGCUAGAGAAAAGCAUAAACUCGUGCAGCGAAAGCUGGUGGCAUAUGUGAAGGUACUUCUGGAAACCACCGAACGGGUAUGGAAGGAAACUUGUGGUAGCGCGACUGACCAACAAAACGUGUCGCCACAUGAGCACGCCUUUUUGAAAGAAUACGGAGGAUUGAUCAAAGCUGCCAUGGAAAGACUGCAAGACCGUUGCUCUCGGGAAGUAUGGUCAGGAAGUCCCAAGACGCUACAAGAGUUCUGGCAACCUUUUGCUGGAGUGUUGAAGGCGUUGAUGAAUGAUGUAGGCCGAAGAGAUCAGUUGCCACUUCAUGAUAUAUCGCCAGCAUUGGCUUCAGCUUCUCGUGAAUUAGUACAUGUACAUAUGCCUGGAACCUCGUCUGGACAGGGCAACCCUAUUACUAUUUAUCGCAUCAGCCCAUUUGUAACUAUUCUUCGAUCGAAGACCAAACCGAAAUCGUUGGAAUUUGUUGGGUCCGACGGGAAGACACACAAGUACUUGCUGAAAGCCCGAGAAGACUUGCGCUUGGACGAGCGAAUCAUGCAAUUCUUGCGAGUGACAAACGAUUUUCUACGUGCUGACGAUGAUACAGCUGCUCGAGACUUGUUGGCCCGAAACUAUAGUGUCAUACCGCUUUCUCGAAAUGCUGGCUUGAUCCAGAUGGUCCCAGACGUUGUCCCGCUCUUCCAAGUGUACGCAUCUCGAACUGAAAACCAAUCGAUGGACGGCCAAACAUCACAGGAUCAUGGCACAGCGCCGUCUGCACAGCUGCAGCAACCGCCACCUCCUACAGCUCAAUUUUACGCAAAGCUGAAGCGUCAUGGAAUCACAAACGUGUCACCCAGCAAUCGAGCCCGAUGGCCAACCCCUGUGCUGAAGCAGGUAUACCAGGAGCUGGUUGCGCAACGUCCUCGCAAUGUGCUGUCGCACGAGCUUUUAUUGCGUAGCAAAGACUUGCGAGAAAGCUGGGCCAAGAGCGCACGAUUUAGCAGAUCUCUUGCGGUAAUGUCCAUCUUAGGGUACAUCGUUGGCUUAGGCGACAGGCAUCUGGACAACAUCUUGCUCUGUAUCGACAGCGGGGACAUUGUCCACAUCGAUCAUAACGUGUGCUUUGAGAAGGGACGACGACUCAAGGUGCCGGAAAUUGUGCCAUUUCGACUGACGCCGAUGUUGCAGGACGCACUGGGGCUUACGGGUAUAGAAGGGAAGUUUCGCGUGGCUUUUGAGACUACCCUACGCGUCGUGCGCUCCGACGAUGUUCGGGAAACAUUGCUAAUGCUGUUCGAAGCGUUCGUAUAUAGCCCUCUUGUUGAUUGGAUAUCGGACGACAAGCGACAAGGACAAUCAGGAGAUUUGAAGACCCGGCUCGACGCCAACGUGAACCUCGCGUUGUUUCGAUCGCGAGCCGAAGAACGGCGGCAAGACACUAUCUCCUUUGGGCGCCAUUAUGAGCAAUUGGCUGUCGCAAUUACUGACGCCCUCGUCGAGAAAACGAAGCUACCUUUUGUGCGUUUACUUACAUAUCGCAAGCAACUGCUUUGCCUCGAAAAAGAAGAGCAAGUGUCGAUGAAGGAGUUGUUGAUGAAGGAAAGGGACUUGUCCACGUGUCGCGUUGCUCAGAAUGCGGAGCAUGCAGAAAUGGAGGCUGCUACUGCUCAGGUCAAGUCGAUGACAGCAGCGAUUACGUUGUUCGCGGACGACUGUUUGGCAAAGCAUCGACAAAUUGAAGCAUGGAAGCAGAAAGGUUUAAGUUUUGUGGACAGUGAUCCUGAGGUGCGAUUGAGUGCCGUGGUACAAGGGAGCGAAUUGGCCUUAUUUCAGGAAGCAUGUGCUACGCUAUGCGGUAUGUCGGCAAGAUCUUCGGAGUUGUGA